UAGACCAUUAUGGUUUGUUUUAAAAAUAAAUCUUGAUCAUAUUUUUCCUGUAGGCUCCGAAAAUUUUGAUUUUUGCUAUUACUUUUUUUUAAUUUUAAUUUUAUAUUAGCUCUAGAUAUCAGUUAAAAGAUAUUUUAUUUUCAGCUUAUUUCCACCUCUUUCCCUCAUUUUUAUUUCCAGCUUUUUUCACCAAUUCCCCCCCAUUUUUUGAUAUAAUCAUUGAAAUUUAAACAUUUUUAGAAAAAAAUUUUUUCUCAUUUAUGGAAGUAAAUGAAGAAGAAAUCCCAGAGGGUGGAGGAGGAGGUUUAAGGCUUAGAGGAGCUAGUUUAGACAACAAUUCCUCUUUAAACGAAAGAGAAUUUACUGAGGAAAGUUUAAGACGGGGGAAUGUUCCAAUAAUAUUUAGUAGUCAACAACAACAAAAUACCAGUUAUAGGACAGCUAGUAGUAUAAUUGUUGACCGUAGAAGAAUACAACAUGUCAGAAUUCAAUUAGAGGGCAAGUUGAAAUUUUUUGUUAUUUUGAAGGGGGGGGGGAGGGAAGAAAGGAGAGAGUUUUUUGUUGAGAGUCUUAUUAAUUUUAAUUAG